GGAGCGCAGAUGAAUUUUUCAGUUGCCUUCAGCAAUGAGACGAAUCUUAUUGAUGAUGGAUUUUAUCUAGUUGCCUUCCGCACUAUGGCCAAUAAAAACUACCUCAUUUUGGCCUUGUCCAUCAUCUACAUCAUCACCUUGCUGGGUAAUCUUGUUUUGCUGGCUGUGGUCCUAAUGAAUUCUAGUUUACACAACCCAAAAUAUCUCGCUGUGUGUAAUCUAGCCGUUGUCGACAUUUCAAUGAACAGUGUUAUCAUUCCUCAAAUGGUGCCUGUGUUUGUGUUUAAUCAGAACCGAGUUUCAUUUGGAACAUGCUUUUCUCAAAUGUUUUUCAUACAUUUCUUUGGUGACAUGGAGUCUUUCUCUCUUGCUCUUUUGGCUUACGACCGCCUGGUUGCCAUCUGCUGGCCCCUGCGUUACCCCACCAUUAACACCAACCCGAGGAUGAUGCUCAUAAUAGCAGGGAUUUGGUCUCUGGUUUUUCUGCUAGAUAUUUUCCCAGUAACUCUGGCUGCCAUGUUGCCUUACUGCAGCUCCAGAGAGGUGCGAAGCUGCUGUUGCGAGCACGGUCCAGUGUAUGUACUGGCCUGUGCAGACAUUUCUUACAACAGGAGAAUGGCUACAGCUAAAACACUGACGACUUUAUUGGGACCUCUGACGUUUAUAAUUGUCACCUAUGUGAUAGUGGUGGUGGCAGUGCUGCGCAUUGCAUCUGUAGCACAGCGCUGGAAGGCCUUUCAUACCUGUCUCAACCACCUGCUGCUGGUCCUGAUCUAUUACAUGCCAGUUAUCCUUGCAUAUGUACUAGGGAACCUGCGGUUAGUUCAGUAUGUUGAUAUUUUCACAGCUGCGCUGACCGUGUCUGUAACUCUUCCCCCAAUGUUGAACCCCAUCAUAUACAGCUUAAAGACUGAUGAACUGAGAGACAAGAUAAUGAUGUUUUUGAGAAAACCAAAGGUGGCACAAGAGAUUCAAAAUUAUGCAAAUGGUUAA